AUGGGCAACACACUCCCACUUGCAGUUGGAACACUGGAUCUUGUUUGGGAAGGCAUUACCCAGGGUAUCAUAACGGUUGGUUGGCUUGUUGCCGUGACCAGUACAAUGCCGGACGAAAUGGUUGCUCCUGCAAUGACAAUGUAUAUGUUGUUUCGCAACAUUGGGUAUACAGUGGGCGUCGCUCUCGCAUCCAGCAUCAGUCAGAGUAUCUUGAAAGACCUGCUGACAGAUCGAAUCCAGGGACCGGAUGCAGCAGAGAUUGCCGAGUUUAUUAGAACCUCGAUUCGAAAAGUUGACACACUUUCUCCUGACAUACAGCAGAUUGUAGCAGAAAGCCUGAGCACUGCUUUACAGAAAGCUUCUCUUUUGAUCAUCGUAUGCUUAAUAUGUACAGCUGCCCUUGCAUUCUCGUUGAAAAAUGUGAAUCUUAAAGGGCCAUCAUGA